CUUAGAUCACUUGUAAACAUUUACUCCACGAUUAUGUACGUCAAAUCUUUGUUGAUUACGGGAGCGAAUAGAGGGAUCGGAUUAGAAUUUGUAAAGCAGUUUCUAAAGCUACCACAGUCGCCACAGUGGGUGUUUGCAGCGUGUAGAAACCCAGAAAAAGCCACGGACUUAAAAACUUUGGGAGAGACGUAUCCAAACUUGAGGAUAAAACAAUUAGAAGUGACGGAUAGGGAGAGUAUUAAGGAUCUAGUGACCUCGGUGACCUCUGACCUGGGGGAAGAGGGAUUGACCUUACUCAUCAACAACGCUGGCUGCUUAAAGAGACUUCAGCUGAAUGAUGUGACACAGGAGGAGAUGCUGGAGAGCUUCCAGAUUAACUCUGUGGCACCACUGUGUAUCUCGCAGGCCUUUGUUCCCGUGCUGAAGAAGUCUUCCCUUCAGUCUCCUGGAGAUGGUGGCUAUGGUUACCGGGCGGCCAUUGUCAACAUCAGCACUCUCACAGCCUCAAUCACGGACAACGUCACUGGAGGCAACUACGACUCCAGAACAUCUAAGGCAGCUUUGAACAUGAUCAGUAAGUCACUGAGUGUUGAUUUGAAACCAGGCAGAAUCCUGGUAUCCAUCUUGGAUCCGGGAUGGGUGAAGACAGAACUGGGGGGCGCAGGCGCUAAAAUGGAGGUGUCUGACAGUGUGGCAAGAAUGAUCAAAGUUAUACAAGGUCUAACCAUGGACAAGACUGGUACUUUUCUGAAUUAUGACGGAAAAACGCUGCCUUGGUGAUGUUUGGUUCCAUGGUCAAGACUGGUACCUUUCUGAAUUACGAUGGAAAAAUGAAGCCUUGGUGAUGAUUGGUUGCUGACUUGUCUUUGUGUCGUUCAGUUGGAUUUGUUCUUGCUCAGGUUCAACAUCUUGUUUUUAGAUAAAAAAUGUAAAUUUAAAAACAAGACAAAUAUUAAUAGUGUUCAAGAAGUUACUUAUCCUUCGCAAGUUAUUUUUUAUUGAUCCAAAUAGAAAUCUGGCAAUUUGGCUUCUGCAACAAUGAUUGAGGUUGACAUUUUUGACAUGUUAAGAUUCUAUGGCAAUCCUUAAAGUACAAGAAAGCUAAAAUAUAAAGUAAGGUUUAUCAUACAGACAACUGAAAACUAUAGGUAAAAGUACUUUUUUUUAUUUUUUAAGAUUGGUGAAAGGCAUUUAAAUAUUUGAAAUUUAUGGGUUUGUGAGCCAUACUAACUGUAUCUAGGAACUCUGACGUCAACAUCACCUUUCUUCCCUGAUGUUCACCAGGAGGAAGGAAUAUUGGGAACAUUAUUUCAGUAAUCUUUCACUCAUUGGUAAAAAGAGUUGUUCCAACAUCCAGUGUUCUUAUUAGAGUUAAAAAAAUUUCCUGUGACAUCAGAGUUCCUAACCUCUGAUAGUACGGUCCCAAAAAACCCACCUUAGAAUUCAAAUAUUUAAGAUUUUUAUUUAAAAAUCUUAAAAAAUAAAUGACCUUUAGAUUGUGUAUGAAGUAAGAAUUAUUACUAUUAUCAAGAAAAUAAGACACAACAUCAUUUAUACCAUGUCACGGAACAAGUAAAAAAAUUAUGAUUUUGCUUGAAAGACAUUUUUAAAGGCACAAAGGAGGCGCAGCAUCAGUUAUGCUAUGAACAUUUAAAUGGAAGAAUUGAAAAAAUUACAAUUUUGUAAUUAAGUACAACAUCAUUAUGACUUAUUAGAAUUCAGCCCUGAAUGGUAUGGAUUUGUGUUGGUAUGUCCAAAUAACUAAGUCAUGAUAACAGAGAAAUGAAAUAGCCUGAACCAUAUUUAAUACCAUUUGUACCAAAGCAGGAAUCAUAUUUUAUACCAUUUGUACCAAAGCAUGGACCAUAUUUUAUACCAUUUGUACCACUCAGGUAUAAUAAAAGCACCACACAUGUUCACGCACUGCACACUUCUGGUGUGUAGCAUUCUGAACUCAAUAUUCAGUCAAAUAUCACCAUAGAUUAAUAUAGGUAAAAUCCUUCUGCCGAGUGCCAGUGCUUGCAGGGUCAUUUUAAUAUGCCAAAGUCCAUUUCCAGUCGAGACACGCAUUCCUGGAGGGAUCUGACAUUUUCAUAGCCAUGGACGUAGGUGUAGAUCGCAACCAGUCCAGUAAUAUAGUCACUGGCCGAUCAAAUAUGGGAACGAUCAAUACCUACCAACUAUAAAUAAGUAGAAUAGCACCCAGUUGUUGAGGUGAGCUAAACCAGCCCUGUUUUUGACUGUAUGUAAAUUUAAAUGCUCAUAUUUUCAGAU